CAUUUGCCUUUGUUAUACGUUUAACAGUCAAACAAAUCCGAAUACACAAUAUACACAAAUUAUAAUACGCUUUGGACAGUACUGGAAAUGAAAGUGAUCAGGGCCAGGGACAUUGUAGACGAGCCGAGCUUGGUGGCCCCGCAUCCGUAUAUAAACUUUUUGCGCUUCUUGAAGCGCAAGAAUCCUCGCUACGGACUGCUGCGACUCCUGCAGGAGGCGCCCACACUCUGGGAUGCGCUGACAGUUGCCAAGCAGAGGCUGUUUAAAAGAGAUCGCAUCUUGAAACGCCUCACGCGUCGCCCCAUUGCUCGUCGUCGUCGUCGUCGACGCCAGCGUCGGAUAUUGCGCCGUAAUCGAGGCCUGCCCCGCAACGGGCAUGCUCAGGUGCGACGCCCCAUCUACAAGAGGCGCCCGCCGGCCAGGAGCAGAAGGCGCAAGAAGGUUCGGAAUGGCUCUUAGCUUCUGGUUUGUGCACCUGUUGCAAGCUCGUUGCAGUCAUCCGAUGCACAAAACAAACCGAAUAAGUCACUCUGCCCUGCGACAGUUUUCUCUUUCAGUUCCAGUUUCAUUCGAAAUCUAACGUGUUCUGCUUUGGUCGACUGACUGACCCACAAGAACUAAUUAGCUAUUAAUAUGAGCUUAAGGUUGCCUGAGGUCAAGCGUCGAGCAAAUUAGCCUUACUUCAGUUUUCUGAGUCUCGUGACCCACGGAAAUGGUUGCUUUUUUUCGGAACCAAAAUUUGAAGGCGGUGCUUCUGUUGCUUUGAUUAUGCGAACGCUCUGAUGUCACUUUCACUUUUUGCACUCUUUCUUUGAGCUGAAGAGGAGGGAAGGGCUGCUCAGAGGGACUGGAGGGGACCAAAUCAUUUCCGGUCGUUUCUUCCCAUUUGUUGAAUGAAACGAUCGGAGUCGGGCAGAGCUUCUGACUUGACCACUCAUGACUUGUUAUAUAUUUAAAAAACAAAACAAAAUGCAAACAUACACAUCACACAUACAAAAAUAGGCAAGUCUUUUUGCCUUUUAGCUUUGAUUACGUCACCCUCUCAGAGCAACCAUAAAAGGUCUGCUUUGGCGACCUACGACCCCCCUUUUGUCUCUUGGUCAAUUUGUCGCGUUAUCUCCGGAUUUGAAAUACAAAUUUUGAACAAUUCACCAUCGCUC